AGCAGGAAGACCAAGAAGAAGGAAGGGGGUGCCCUCCGGGCCCAGAGAGCCUCCUCCAACGUCUUCUCCAACUUUGAGCAGACCCAGAUCCAGGAGUUCAAGGAGGCCUUCACGCUGAUGGAUCAGAACCGUGAUGGCUUCAUUGACAAGGAGGACCUGAAGGACACCUAUGCUUCCCUGGGCAAGAUCAACGUCAAGGACGAUGAGCUGGACGCCAUGAUCAAGGAGGCCUCGGGGCCCAUUAACUUCACCAUGUUCCUGAACCUAUUUGGAGAGAAACUGAACGGGACGGAUGCAGAGGACACUAUCCUGAACGCCUUCAAGAUGCUGGACCCCGACGGCAAAGGCAGCAUCAACAAGGAGUACAUCAAACGGCUGCUGAUGUCCCAGGCCGACAAGAUGACCGCUGAAGAGGUCGACCAGAUGCUGCAGUUUGCCUCCAUUGAUGCCGCAGGCAACCUGGACUACAAGGCAUUGAGCUAUGUGAUUACCCACGGGGAGGAGAAGGAGGAGUGAGGGGCCGCCCAGGCGCUCAAUAAACGUGGACGC